CCAAAAAAACUAGGUUCGUCGAGCAUCAUUUGCUCGGCAUUCGAUUGCUUUUCCUGCGAGUGGACCCUAUCGAUAGCUGAUGCAACACAGUGACAGCUUCCAGCUACCGGCUCGUUUUCAUUCACGCCGCUUUAGCUGUUGAGUGUUGUUGUAGUUGGAAGACCUUUCACCAUGGCAGCUCAGCUAAGCCCUGAUGAGAAGCUGCACCUCAUCACAAGGAACCUGCAGGAGGUGCUCGGGGAAGACAGGCUGAGGCAGGUCCUUCAGGAGAGGGAGGUCAGUGUGUACUGGGGAACCGCCACCACUGGGAAGCCGCACGUGGGUUACUUCGUUCCCAUGUCCAAGAUAGCCGACUUCCUCAAAGCUGGAUGCCAGGUCACUGUAUUGUUCGCGGACUUGCACGCAUUCCUCGACAACAUGAAGGCUCCCUGGGAGCUGCUGGAGCUUCGGACCAAGUACUACGAAGAGAUUAUUAAGGCCAUGUUGGAGAGCAUCGGUGUACCCUUGGAGAAACUCAAGUUUGUGAAAGGAACCGAAUACCAGCUCAGUAGAGAGUACACUCUGGAUGUGUACCGCAUGUCCUCUAUGAUGACCGAGCACGACGCCAAAAAGGCUGGAGCGGAGGUGGUCAAGCAGGUGGAGCAUCCUCUGCUGAGUGGUCUGCUCUAUCCAGGACUGCAGGCGCUGGAUGAGGAGUACCUGAAGGCGGAUGCUCAAUUUGGAGGAGUGGACCAGAGAAAGAUCUUCACUCUUGCUGAGAAGUACCUACCCUACCUGGGCUAUGCCAAGCGGGCCCAUCUGAUGAACCCAAUGAUACCAGGACUGACCGGUACCAAGAUGAGCUCCUCAGAGGAAGAGUCGAAGAUCGACCUGCUGGACUCGAAGGAAGACUUGAAGAAAAAGCUGAAAAAGGCCUUCUGUGAGCCGGGAAACAUCCAGAACAACGGGGUUCUUGCCUUUGUCCAUUAUGUUCUCUUCCCACUUCGUGGAGGGUUUUCCGUCAAAAGAGAUGCCAAGUGGGGUGGAGACAAAGUCUACACUGCGUUUGAAGAAGUGGAGAAGGACUUUGCGGAGGAGUUGAUUCACCCUGGAGACCUGAAGGCCUCUGUGGAGGAGGCCCUCAACGAGCUGAUGGAGCCGAUCCGGAAGAAGUUUCAGUCCGGCGAACUGCGCAAGCUGAACAACUCCGCCUACCCCACGACAAACACGAAAGGCGCAGGAAAGGGCACUAAGCCAGGAGGAGGUGCGGAAGGAGAUGACGAAGAGUUGGCGCCAGCCAAACUGGACAUCCGGGUGGGGAAGAUUGUCAGUGUGGAAAAGCACCCAGACGCUGACUCGCUUUACUUGGAGAAGAUCGACGUGGGCGAGGCGGAGCCCAGGACGGUGGUCAGCGGGCUGGUGGCCUACAUCUCCCAGGAGGAUUUGCAAGACCGAAUGGUGCUGGUGCUGUGCAACCUCAAACCCCAGAAGAUGCGCGGCAUUGAGUCGCAAGCCAUGCUGCUCUGUGCUUCAAUUGAAGGAGAGCCCAGGAGAGUGGAGCCACUUGACCCUCCUGAGGGUUCAUCACCAGGGGACCGGGCCUUUGUGGAAGGAUAUGAGGCUGGCAAACCUGACGAAAGACUCAACCCGAAGAAGAAAGUGUGGGAGAAAUUACAAGUUGACCUGAAGAUAUCCGAGGAGUGCGCAGCUCAGUGGAAAGACAACCUACUGAUGACCAAACUAGGACAGAUCACUUGUAAGACUCUUAAAGGAGGCAAUAUCAGUUAGGUACUCACAUUCAUCUGCCAGCCACUUUGCAAGAGUACAUUUAAUUCAUCAACAAGUUGCCAUGGGAACAACGGGGAUGGUUCUUGCAGUGUUAUGGGUCACGAACGCUAAAAGUAUUUUGGUGAUGUCUUAAAAGGGAAAAAGUGGGUGCUUGUCAUUGAAAAAUCAGGGGACCUCUGAUGAUCCAUAACAUAUCUAUCAGAAAUUGCACUCUUUAUAUUAACACAUAUGUCAAACUCCUGUCUGUGCUUCUGUAAUUUAUCAGUGACGGUUUCAUGUCUAUUUGUGCAUUUGCAUCAUCUGUAGCAUUGCACAUGAAGCAGCCAUACAAGCAUAAAUUGUCAUGAUCAAAAACAUGGAAUAAAGUCUGUGUGGUGUGACUGUG